AUGCCAUCAGCUGGCAAAAAAACAAAGAAAGCUAUGGUUAUAAGAACAAGCAAGGCUGCAAGAGCUGAUCUGCAGUUUCCAGUGGGGCGUAUUCAUAGGCUUCUCAGAAGAGGGCACUAUGCUCAGAGAAUUGGUAUUGGAGCUGCUGUAUACCUGGCUGCAGUGCUGGAGUAUCUGAGUGCUGAAAUACUGGAACUGGCAGGAAACGCUGCCCGUACAAAUGGGAGAGUCAGGGUUAUGCCAAGGCACAUUCAGCUGGCGGUAAGGAAUGAUGAAGAGCUGAACAAGCUGUUUGCAAGUGUGACCAUUGCAGGAGGAGGUGUUUUACCAAACAUUCUUGCCCAGCUUCUUCCCAAGAGAUCUUCUGAAGUCCCUUCAGCAGGAAAGGAGGCUGCCCUGUCUCAGGAAAAAUCCAGUAACAACUGA